AUGAAGUACUCUACUCUAGCUAAUUUGGCCGCUUUCGCCGCCUCAACUGCCAUGGCUGACUCAAGCUCAUACAACAGCAGAACUUACUCUACUGUUAAUCCAUCUGCGACCGAAAUUGCCGAAACCGCCAAGACCGCCAAGACAAAUCAUAUUACUUCGAACGUCAAGGGUGCCGCUUUCAACAGGUUUAUUUCCAUCUGGUUGGAAAACACUGAUUAUGACAAGGCUGCUGAAGAUGAUAGUUUGUCAUGGCUAGCCACCCAAGGUAUCAUCUUGGACAACUACUGGGCUUUGACCCAUCCUUCCGAGCCAAACUACUUGGCUGCCGUUGGUGGUGACUAUUUUGCUUUGGAUGACGAUCGUUUCAUCUCAAUGCCAGCUAAUGUCUCAACCAUUGUGGACUUGUUGGACACCAAGAACAUCUCAUGGGGUGAAUACCAAGAACACAUGCCAUACACUGGUUACCAAGGUUUCAACUACUCUAACCAAGAAACUUUCGCCAACGACUACGUCAGAAAGCACAACCCUUUGAUCCUGUACGAGUCCAUUACUAACGAUGCUGACCGUUUGGCUAACAUCAAGAACUUCACUGAAUUCUACGUUGAUUUGAACGGUACUACUCUGCCUCAAUAUUCUUUUAUCACCCCUAACAUGACUAACGAUGGCCACGAUACAACUAUCAAGGUUGCUGGUCAAUGGUCUAGAGACUUUUUGGAGCCUCUACUAUCUAACGAGUACUUCAUGAACGACACUUUGGUUGUUUUGACUUUCGAUGAAAAUGACACCUACUCCGUCAAGAACAAGAUUUUCACCAUCUUGUUAGGUGGUGUCAUUCCAGAUGAACUAAAGGGUACCACCGACUCUACAUACUACGACCACUACUCUCUAAUCUCUUCCGUCGAAGCUAACUGGGACUUGCCAUCUUUGGGUAGACAUGAUGCUACCGCUAACGUUUUCCAGAUUGUUGCUAACGCCACUAACAUCACCAACAAGGAAGUCGACACUACUUACAUGGUUAACAACGAAACAUACAUUGGAUACUUGAAGGAUGACACCAUUGCCUUGCCAGCUCCUAACGUUUCUGUCAUUAACAUGAAUGGUAAGGGUGUUUUGAGUGACAUUGUAAAGACAUGGUCCUCUGAGUACUCCGCUCAAGUUUCUGAAACGUACUUCACUUCCACCACUACCACCGUUUCCCAGUCCCUAACCGAUGUCGCCACUCUAGUCAGCGGUACUGGUACUACUCUAACUGAAUCUGCCACCAGUGGUGAUGCUGCUGCUACCUCUGCUGUCUCCAAAGACAAUGCCACCAACACCUCUUCCUCUUCCUCGAAAGCUGCGGCUGGUGCCGUAUCUGUCGAUCUAAAGUGGACUUCCUUGGCUGCUAUGAUCGCUGGUCUAAUCUUUUUCUAG